CUGGUUCGGCACCUACUCCACCACAGAGGCCACCAAGGCUGGUCUCGACAUUGAGAUGCCCGGCCCUCCCCGGUUCCGCGGUGAGCCCCUGGCUUUCAACGUCUCGACCGACAAGGUCCGAGGCCAUGUCCUCGACCAGCGCGUCCGUGAGGUGCUCAAGCUCGUCAAGAAGUGCGCGGCCAGUGGUGUGCCUGAGAAUGCGCCCGAGGGCAAGGCCGAUACGCCCGAGACGGCAGCGCUCCUGCGCCAGAUUGGCAACGAGGGUAUCGUCGUGCUCAAGAACGACAACAACCUCCUCCCACUCAAGAAGGAGAAGAAGACAGUGGUCAUCGGCCCCAAUGCCAAGGUCAGCACGUACCACGGUGGAGGCUCUGCCUCGCUGCUGGCGUACUAUGCCGUUACCCCCUUCGAGGGCAUCAGCAGCAAGACCUCGUUUGCGCCCAAGUACAGCGUCGGCGCGUACAGUCACAAAAUGCUGCCCCUUCUGGGCCUCUCAACCAAGACACCAGGCGGCAAGCCUGGUGUUCUGAUGAAGUUCUACAAUGAGCCCGCGGACGUCAAGGACCGCACGCCGGUUGACGAGCUCGAGCUGGUCAAGACGGAGAUGCUCCUCGUCGAUUACACCAACCCCAAGCUCAACACGGAUGUCUGGUACGCCGAGCUCGAGGCGACACUCACCAUCGAGGAGGACGCCACGUGGGAGUUUGGCUGCGUCGUCGCCGGCACGGCCAACGUGUACAUUGACGACAAGCUGGUCAUCAACAACACAGACCACCAGGUAAAGGGCGAUGCUUUCUUCGGCACGUCCACGAUCGAGGAGAAGGGAACUCACAAGCUCGAGAAGAACAAGGAGUACAAGAUCCGCGUGACCUUUGGCUCUUCCGCCACGUCCCCACUCGCCGACCGCAACGUCUCCCUCGCUGGCGGCGCCCUGCGUCUCGGCGCAUGCAAGGUGAUUGACGCCAAGGAAGAAAUCGAGAAUGCCGCGCGGCUCGCCAAGGACGCCGAGCAGGUCAUCAUCUGCGCAGGGCUCAACGCCGACUGGGAGACCGAGGGCAACGACCGGGCGGACAUGAAGCUGCCGCCCGGGCUGGACGACCUCAUCUCGGCCGUGCUGGCAGCCAACCCGGACAACACGGUCGUGGUUCUGCAGUCCGGCACGCCCGUGGAGAUGCCGUGGGUGAAGCAGGCCAAGUCGCUCGUGUGGGCGGGUUUCGGGGGCAACGAGACGGGCAACACGAUCGCGGACGUGCUGUUUGGCGACGUGACUCCUAGCGGCAAGACGAGCCUGACCUUCCCCGUGCGCAACAGCGACAACCCGGCCUUCCUCAACUACCGCACCGAGGCGUCCCGCGUGCUCUACGGCGAGGACAUCUACAUUGGCUACCGGUACUACGAGUUCGCCGAGCGCGACGUGCUGUUCCCCUUUGGCCACGGCCUGUCCUACACCACCUUCAAGUUCAGCCACCUGCACGUGUCAUACACGCACGGCGGCAAGCUCUCGGCCAGGUUCAAGGUGACCAACACGGGCAAGGUUUCGGGAGCGCAGGUCGCGCAGCUGUACGUCGCCCCCCAACAGGCCGCCAAGGUGAACCGCCCGCGCAAGGAGCUCAAGGGAUUCGCCAAGACGCGCGAACUGGAGCCCGGGCACGACGCCGAGCUCGCGAUCGACGUCGAGGCCAAGUACGCGGCGAGCUACUGGGACGAGGAGCGCGACCAGUGGUGCGUCGAGAAGGGCGAGUACGCGGUGAUUGUAGCGGACAGCUCGGCGGUCACCGAGGACAACAGCGUCGUCGGCUCGUUUGUGGUGGAGGAGACGAACUGGUGGUCUGGGUUGUGAGAGGCGAGGGCAGCGGUCCCUUGUUGUAAUGUUGUGUUUUAUGUACUUGAUAACGAGCGUGCCAGUUGCGCGUGGCAUGUUGACCAAAUUAUGACAGCGAAGGGCGUUAGAAAAAUCAAGACUUCAUUGUUAGAGCA